ACAUUUUCAUCACUAUUCAUCACCAGUCAUCAUAGAUUCAUCAUUUUCAUCACUAUUCACACCAAUUUUAAAACGCAUAUCACACAUAAAAAGUUCACAUACCAGUACAGUUCAUUUUCAUCCCUAUUCAUCAAAUCACCAAAAAUUCAUUGAGGGCGGCACGUUCGGGCACAAGCACAAGUAACUGGUGGUCCUUUUCCAAAUAAUGAAGUCAACAAAAAGUCCGGCGGGUGGAGGGGCACGGCCUGUUUAUGCAUGCAAGUCUCGGCAUUAUUGAAUAUUCGAAAGUUCAGAGGGUUCCUGGUGUUUCGUGGCUCUCUAAUCUCUAACUGAGACUGUACGAUUCGAUUCUUGCUGAAGAGAUAGGAAAAGUCAACAUCGUUGCGGACGUGGUCGAUGCCGUCUUCAGCGGGCCAACGAAGGGUUUCGUCCACCCUCCACCAGCCACGUGGUGUCGAAAGCCUUUCGACUGAGACUCGAAAGGAAUUUUAAUGCACAACUCGAACAAAUCUCUACACCCCAUCCUCACCAUAGCUCCCUCUCUAGCUAGAGAUCUAAGCCCUACGAAUAGCCAGUAACCACUCCUUGACUAUGAACAACGAGGUGAAGCCCAAGAUACAGGACAUGAUAGACCCGCAAAAGAACUCACUACCAGAGGAAUUCCCUGAUGGUGAUCUGAUGACAGACAAAGAACUCUCUCCUGGAUUCUGGUACUAUGGCAAUUUUCCUGGAUUAGAAGAUGCUGUUGCGGAUAAGAAAUCAGCCAAGAACACCAUUACUACGACUGAGGUUGAUCUAAAGAAAGCAAGAAGCCCUGAUGCUGAGGACCAAUCAUUGGCUGGUACAGAGAAAGUUGAGGAAUACCCCACACCAAAUCCUGCUACCGGUGAUGGUGACGCAAUCUUGCCAGUGCCUUCUGUGUCCCAGGCAAUUACCGAAAGACAGGAAAUCACACCCGGUGCAUACUUGUUUGAACAUGGGACAUUCAGGACGGCAGCGGAAGCAAAUACUAACAACCUGGAUGGUUUUGAUUGUGGGGAUAACCAUGACCACCAAAGGACUCAUGCAUCUGAACAGCUAGCAACCAGCAGAAAUUUUCUAGCAGUUGCCAAUUCGGUUGAAGAAGUGGACCCACACAGUCUUCAACAAGCCAGACCAUCAACAGCAAGAAAUGCCACAAGAGAGCGAAUGGAUAAGCACUGGGUUGCAAUUUGCACAUUUUCGGGGCUUGUGUCGAUGGGAGUGCUUGUGCUUUUGAUUGUAUUUCUUGUCUCAGACACUCAUCAGUCUGGUGCAACUAACCAACCAACGGUAGUUCCGUCGAUGGCCCCAACCUCACUGGAACCAUCUCUUCUAUCUUUACUUCCAGAUCAUACUAUCAAAGCAGUGGAAGACAAAGAGUCGCCACAAUACAAGGCAUUGGAAUGGCUUCUUGAUGAUCCCCAUGUCUACGAAUAUCCAGACUGGAGGAUCCGUCAGAGGCAUGCGCUAAUGACUGUCUUUUAUGCCACUGCCGGUCCAACCAAGUGGCUAAACAAUACAGGCUGGGGAAGCUACAGCAUGCAUGAAUGUGAAUGGUUUCAGAAUCAAGAGUAUGGCCUCAAGACAAUCCUGCAGAAUCUUUACCCUGGAUACCUUUCAGGCUUUUUGGAGCCGAUGCCUCACAACAAAUGUGACAACCAAGGUUUGUAUCAGCAUCUGUGGUUGGACUCAAACAACCUCGUGGGUUCUCUGGCAGAAGAAGUUUUCAGCCUGACCUCCCUGCAAUCCAUGUCAGCUGGUGUCAAUAAACUACAUGGUACAAUUUCCACUUACAUUGGGCAGCUGAGUGACUUGAAGGGAAUUUCUAUUGUCUCUGCAGAGCUGUCUGGAUCAAUGCCAAAGGAAAUGGGUGACUUGCCGUCUUUGGAAAUCAUUUUCUUAUUCGACAACAAGCUCCAAGGAUCAGUACCAGACGAAAUCUGGCACCUCCCAAACAUAGACACCAUUUCAAUUGGACGAAACGCCAACCUGCAAGGAAGUAUUCCCUCAAUUGUAGGGAAUCUCCAGAAGUUGAGACACCUAGUGAUUGAUGGUUUGGAUUUCUCUGGAACCCUUCCAACAGAGCUGGGCCAAGCUACAUCUCUAGAAUGGCUGGUCUCAGUCGGUAAUAGGAUCACGGGCACCCUGCCAAGUGAGCUUGGAAAUCUCUCAAGACUUUGGAUGAUGGCCGCUUAUGGUCUACAAGGGUCUGUCCCCACAGAGCUUGCAAAUCUUUCAUCUUCACUAUACAUUUUGGAUCUUAGGUGGGGUUCACAUACAGGCACCGUUCCAUCUGAACUGGGCCUGCUUCCACUUCUCCACUUCUUGGGACUUUCCUCGAACCAACUAUCUGGUACCAUUCCCAAUGAACUCUCCCAUCUUUCAAAUCUACGUCAUCUCAGAUUGGGAGACAACUUUUUCUCUGGUGGAAUCCCUUCUGAAAUUGGGAUGCUGACAUCGCUGGAAUGGUUUUCCCUGAGAAACAAUUCUAUCAGUGGAACGGUACCAGAGGAGCUGGCUUCCCUGGGGGAAUCCCUUUACACUUUUCAUAUUGAGGGCAACCCACUGCUUUUUGGUUCAAUUCCAGACUCUCUUUGUGUCAUCAAUGGUACUUGUGACUUUAAAUGGUUUGAACAAUGCAUUGGGCCCUCUGGACGAAUGUUUGACUGCACAGAGCAGUUGUGUGGUUGUGACUGCUCCUGCUGAACCAAUGUGCCAUUGACUCCAAAGUUCAUGAGGAGUUGAUUUGGAAGAGGUGCAAUGUGAACGAUGGACUCAUAAGGUCUUUUGGUAUCUCUGACACGAAUACGGCAUGGGUGGCUCAAGGAAGACAUAGUUAGAUAUCAGGUAGAUGUGGUAAACAUGUUAUUUCAUGUACAUGUAAAUAUUCACAUACAAAUGUAACCAUAGACCUCCGAUUUACCUGAAUUACCAAUACCAUACUUUUUACUGGCUUCAAGUCAUU